AUGGAUUCUAACUUCUCAGUUGUCUUCCCUGUUGUUAUCGGUCUUACCGUUGCUUUCAUCACAAUCGGAUACCUAAUAAAUAGAAAAUUCAAAAACAUAGAAUACUAAAACUCUGUACUCUAAAAGCAGCAUGGCAAAGUAAUUGUGGCUGGUAUAAAAUUCAUGGUUAGGAAACGACCAGAUGAAAAGGUGACUCAGAUACUUAAAGACAUUGAUUUAUCUAAGCAAGUCUCACCUUACAUAUCAGACAUUCAAUUAGACGUAUCCAAAAGGAAAAAUAUAUCUGUAUUCAAAGAUAACAACUAGACUACAUAUAAUUCUAUAAUGAAGUACAUCAAAGACAACAGUCUUGAUGAAAUAGACGAGAAGGUUUAAGAGGAGGAUAGCUUUAUUCCAGUAACAGAUAAUUUUGGAAAUACCCACUUUAUAUAGUCUCAAAGUAAAUAAGAAGGUGUCUUUUAUACUGAUUCACACUUAUAUAAUCAAAAGUAUAAUAACUAUGAUAAGAAGGACGACCUUAAAUUUACUGGAAUGUCAAGAUGGGAAUGCUCAGCUAUUUAAUGCAAGACCAUGUAUAUGAGAGAGCAAUAGACUGAAGAAAGCAUCAAGUUGAACAUCGGCGAUUAACAACUUGAUGAUCUCGAAAGAGACAUUCAGUGA